AUGGAUAAGAAACGAAACCUGAAGCUCCACGACAAACAUCAAAAGCAUCACCAUGCCCCGGAUGCUUACGAGCUCUAUGAAGCUGAGCACACGGCGCUGUGGCUUAAAGACGCUCAUCCACGUCCAAGUGCUCAUGUGAACUCCAAUCAGUUUGAAGAGAUGAGUCCUAUGGAUGAAAAUAGAAUUGUAGUCCAGAAAAGAAACCAGAAGCUCCAUGACAAGCAUCAUCAGCCCUCGGAUGCUUACGAGGUUUAUGAAGCUGAGCAUAUGUCGCGGUGGCUUAAAGACGCUCAUCCACCUCCAAUUGCUCGUGCGAACUCCAAUCAGUUUGAAGAGAUUCGUCCUAAGGCUGAAAACAGAAUCACAGUGGACUACUGGAGCACGAAUGAGGACUCGACUGAUGGAAAUCGUGUAAACUAUGAUGAGGUCAUUGAUGCUGAGGCAGAAAAGUUCAUCGUAAUGGAGCAUGAGAAGCAUGGCCUAAGAAAAUGGAUGCCUAUGAAGGGGUAUUAA